AUGAAGUAUUAUGGCAUUGUGGUGGCUAUACUAUGUUUCCUGUCAAUGGUCGCCGCGCAGGAUGACCCAUUGAGCAUUCUCGUCUCGGAAGCAUAUUCACUCUACACGGAAGCUACACAGAUUCUCUCUUCUGUCGUGUCAGCUGCGACAGCUGAGCCUUCCACGUCUUCAGUUUCAAGUUCAUCAGAGUCAGCUAGUUCGAGCGAAGCAACAGCACUUACUACUAGCUCCGACGCAAUCUUGAGCACAUCACCAGAAUCUUCUGCGUCCCCAUCUUCGCUUCCAUCGUCCACACUAUCUCUUCCGAUAUCUACGAGCACUUCCUCCUCGUCCUUCUCAUCCUCAAGUGUGCUGCGGCUUUCGUCAUCUACAGAGUCAUCGCACACACCGACUGCUUUGUCACCGUCGGCGCUCGGAACAUCCUCAGUACUCGGGGCCACGCAAGAGACCGGCGCAAGUUCCCCAACUUCAAGCGGAUCUGGCCACGAUCACAAUCUAGAGAUUAUAUUGGGAACUGUGCUAGGUGCCCUUGCGCUUGGGCUCUUCAUCUUAGCAAUAUUGUUAUGCUGGAAACACCAUCGCGGCCAGUCACCGCGCCAUAGGGCUCUUUCUCCAGGUGAUGACGAGGUCGAGACCUGGAGGCUGAACAGGCAAUCCGAUAAUCCUGAGAGCAAAACUUUUUCGCGUCUUGACAUUGGCGCCCAGGGGGUUGCGCCGUUGAUGUCGCAACACCCAGCUUUUCGCCGCUACGAUGAGCAUGAGAAUCCUUUCACCCCUAUCCCGCCACCACCCAGGAGGACAGCACCGAACUCCAGGGCCGUUUUGACCGACGGCAGGGUCGCAGGGGACCGUCCUUAUGUCAACGAAAAAGAGAUAGAUGGAGCCAGACCAACGACUUGUCCGAUGGGCAUAACGGCCAAUACAUCCGCGAAGAACAACGUCAUUGCUGCUGGCCUGGCCGGCGGAGCUAUUGGAGCGGGCCUGAGGCAUAAUCAUAGGAGAGGCGACGACGAGAAAGACCCUUAUCAAGAUGAGGAGGUCGUUGAACCUCAAAUACCCCGCAAGAUUCUUCGAAAACCAGUACCACUCAGCAGCUUCAUUAACACAGACUCUUGGCCUACUUCACCAGCGCCACAUAUUGAUCCAGCUGGUGAGAGAGCUGCUUUUUCGAGAUUCCCAGCAAGGAACGAUCAUGCAACUCCGCGCCAUCCUGCUCAAAGUGCGUCUGGGGACACAGGUGCUGUUGACAGAGAGCUUGAUCCGGUCGACCAUCAGCAAGGCCCCCAUAUUGGCAAGGCGGCCCCAGAGCUUACAGCGGCCACACUUGUACACGGCAAAGACGAUCAAUCAGGCACGCAUGGCAGGGACGGGGCUGAUCGCUCUACCCACAAUCCGACGAUCAUCGCGUCCUCAUCUCUACGAAGAACCUCCAAUGACUCUCAUGGUCGCCCAAGCUCAGAGAAUCGCAAUUCUUACAGCGAUGUCCUUCCCAACAAUCCGUACCAUGACGUCCUUGCUCCAGCAGAGACUGCUCUGGCCGAUACCUCCGAGCACCCACCUUUAGAUUCGCCAUCACAUGUGGUCCCGCCCAUCCGCAGCCCCAGGCGUGACAGCAACGGCGCUCCAAUAUACAACGAUCCCAACCGCCCAGCCAUCCCCAGUCCCUUGUCCACCGAAGUGCGGCGCGAUCCAUCUCGUUCACCGACAAUGACGAGCAGUGUGAACGCACUCCCGAGCCGCCGCUCACUUGCCAGCAUCAGUAGCACCCAUUCCAAAGGUCGGGACAGGAGCAGAUACAGCUUUGAAUACGACACCACUCCGACGCCAUACGAUGCAUAUCCGCCAAGCGCCGGCGCAGAACACUACGGCGGUUUCUUCUCGCCGAGCCGCGGCGGUGGUGCCGACGACGACGGCAGGAUGCUCGAGAAGAAGACCAUUGUGGGUGACAGUCGGUACCCGCUCUUGAAUGGCCCCCGGCGCAAGAGCGGCGGAGACCCGGAGUACCCCCUGCCGCAGAACAUGUCAAGACCACGACCACGACCACGCAGGGACAGCACACCACAGCCUCCUCCUCCUCUCCCGAGAGACACCAACACAAGCUCCAUGUUCUCCCUGGAUGGGAGUGAUUUCGAUCCCCGCGACAUCGACAUGGACUUUAGCUCGAACUGGCGCAUGAGUUCUGGCCUGCCAAGCGGGUGGCAGAGACAAAGACGCAGCUCGAGUCCCCGAAGCAAUAAAAACAACAACAGUAACAACCACGGUGGCGGACAGAUGCGUGAUUCAGGCGUAUCUGGUCUCGGUGGUGGAGUCUUGAACCAAGGACAAAGAAGGCUGCGGACCAGCGACGUGGUAGAAAGGGAGAGAUAUACUCGAAUAGGAGGUGUCGGGCAAGCGCUAUAG